GCACCCUUUUUUCGCACAAAAGUCGUUGACAAAAUGGCAGAGGUACCAGCACAGCCGGUAAAUAUUACCAAAGAAGAGGUUGAGGCAACGCUCAAAGUUCCCAUUCGUGCGCAUGUCCGCCUUUCCGGUGCCAGCAACACGCACCCUCUGGUGGUCGCGAAGGAUCUGGAAACGAUAAAACGAUGUGGCACCAUGCAAGAAGCGGUUCAGACAAUUAUUGAUGUUCGUAGCCGUUGGAUAUCAAUGGGCAUUUUUCGAAGCGUCCAAUACAAUUUUGAGCCAACAAAGGACGGGAUGGAAAAUGACGUCUGUGUACAUAUCGAAGUGGUGGAGGAAAAGCCUAAAAAAAGUAUUGGCGUUUUUACGACGGACACCUCCAUUCCGGAGAUUACGGUAGCACUGGAAAACAUCCUUGGCGGACGGUACUCUAUUAAAGGUAAUUAUAUUCCCCCGGCGUCGCGCGUGCAUUCAAUCUCUUUUUCGUUUCUUUCCAAUGUGCCGUUUAUCGGUCAAAAUGCUGAGUACUACAUCGGGCGGCGAACGGAAAGCAAGACGUAUCACCUUGCGAAUGCAGAGCGUAUCGAGGAAAUGAAGGCGACAACCACCAACCAGAAGGGCAAGGUGGCGUCCGAGCUCUCCAUUGGCUUUCAGCGACGAACCUUGCUUUCUAAACACAUGAAGGACAUUCCUGCGGGAGACCUGCCGGACUUCACGGCAACAGAUAAAGGUUACAUUCGCCACCAAUUCACAGUGACCGACGUGGCACAUCACGCAAACCCUUUCCUGUACAAUAUGUAUCCCCUUCCAAUUUACGGAAGUCAGGUUAGCCUGUCCAGCGAGUUCGCUGGCGGUCUCAUUGGCGGUGAAUUUUCAUUUAUUAAAAAUGAGCUUCAAGCAACAAAGUAUGUUCCACUCGGGCCCUUCUUCAGUUUGCAGUUGAGUUGUAAGCUAGCUGGUGUUUAUUCGUUUUUUGGUGGUCGUACCCCUUUGAACGACCGCCUCUUUUUGUCAAACUGCCACGUUCGUGGAUUUAAAUCUGUGGGACCGUCGACGUUGGACUCAGGCUCGCCGGUCAGCCGUUUCGCGGCCACGGGCGGAAAUGCUCUGUGGGCAACGUCCGCGUCCCUGAAUUUCCCUUUUCUGUUUUUCCCGGAUAACGGUAUCGCCGCAAUGCACCUGUUUGCCAAUGCCGGACACUUGCGCAUGAUUGACUCCAUGGAGUCGAUGAGGGAUGGGUACCGUUGGCUGCGCGACUGCGCGUGUUCUGUUGGUGCUGGAAUUGUUAUUACUCGAAUUCCCCUAUUUGGUGUAGCUCCUAGUGGUCGAUUCGAGGUAAACAUUUCUAUUCCUCUCGGGGUGGACAGGGACGGUAACGUUGUGUGUCGUAACGGACGUAAGAGCUUGUUUGAUCGCUUCCGUUUUGGACUGGUGUGGUCAUCGAAUAUGUCAUUUUAG